GCUGAUCGAUAUAAACGGUGAUGGAUCAUCAGAAGAACUAACCGAUUAUACGCAUAAUUGGUUUUUCAUUGAUCAGCUGCAAGCAUUUGAGGUGUGGCUGAAAUACGGCGUCGAGCAACGACAACCACCCCAACAGUUGCCUGUUGUGCUGCAAGUAUUGCUCAGUCAGGUGCACCGCGUGAAAGCACUCGAACUACUCGCAAGAUUCUUGGACUUGGGCUCGUGGGCCGUUGGGCAUGCACUCUCGGUUGGUAUAUUCCCGUACGUUCUGAAGUUACUGCAAAGUGCCACAAAAGAAUUGAGGCCGUGGUUGGCAUUCAUUUGGGCUAAAAUAUUGGCCGUUGAGCCAAGUUGUCAGGUGGAUUUGAUUAAAGACAAAGAUCGCGGGUACGUUUUUCAUGUUUCAUUCUGA